AUGAAGCUCUUCACCUCAUUCCUCGCCAUCGGUCUCUUCACCGGCGUGUCCAUCGCCCAAAACAGCACCGUUCAAAUCGCCCACGUCACUCUUCGCUCCGAGGGCGACGACCAUUCUUUUCCCAUGAGCGUCCCAGCCGACGGCAAGCCCGUCUACACAUACAGCACGCUUCCCGUACAAAAGAUUGACGCUCCCGACUUUGACGUGCUCCAGGCAUGUGUGAUUGAUACCGUCGGCCCGGCGAAUCUGAGCAGCACGAUUGCGUCGGACAAUGUGACGCAGCAAGUUGUGAUUGAUCCGCCGCAGACGGUCACGAGUAUUACCUGUUCGGGCACUUGUAUCGAGACUUGGAGUGAGUUUAUCUUUGUUUGA